CUUAAGACAGUGCCCUAUUUUAAAAUUGUGUGUUUUAAAUAGUUACAGGUGAAAAAGUUUGAGCACCCCUGUUGCUUCGGUGUCGGGGCCUAUAUAAACUGUGGAUACGGAUCACGGUACAGCAUUCGACGUGCAACAGGUUGAGAAGAUCACAACUAUGCAGCCUACAAUGAGGAUCGUCGUCUCCAUGGUGCUGCUGGCGUCAGCGCUCGCUAGUGCUUACCAUAGCAGUGCCAAACUCCGGCGGGAUGGCGUGCUCAACUUGUACCCGUUCCCUAGAGUCGGGCGGGCGUCAAGGAACACGUGGCAGCUACCUCUCAACGACCUCUAUCUUGAAUACGAGCCAUCAACAAUGGAGAAGCGACAAUUGUACGCGUUCCCGCGCGUCGGUCGCAGCGAUUUGUCGCUGUCGCGCGUCGACUCUCACGAGUUCCAGCCCACAGCCGUUCGGCGCACUGACAGCCCUGGCAUGUGGUUCGGACCCCGGCUCGGAAGGUCCUUCAAGAGUGAUGAUGAUGCAGAAUUCACAGUGCAAAACGAAAACAACGACCAUAGCGAGCCUGAACAGACGGAACCCGUGCACGAGGAGCGGAGGAAGAGGCAAACCUUGAACUAAAUGUACCGCUAUGAUCACUGACGAAUGAACCCUAAAAUACGGCGCAUAUUGAACGAAAGUACUAUUUGACAUUUUAAACUAACUUCAAAAAAGGAGUUUUAAUAUCAUGCUGUAUAUGAAGUGUCUUUUCAUUGGCUGGUUCGAUUUGAGAUUUAGAACGCUAAAAUAAUUUUUGAAAUUUCUGACAACUGGCUGAUUAUUUAUAGCCAGUAAACGCACUCAUAUUUUGUUAUGUUCACCUUAAGACAGAAAUAUUAGUCAUAUAGACAGUCGGUAAUAUGCGCCGUAUCUUAGUACCAUAGACUAAUUUAAAAAUUACGAGUAGAUGACACUAGUUGUACCGCCGAAACGCCUACACACAAUUAUUAAAAGAAUAAAUUAAUUAUUAUUGCAUUAAAUUAUUAAUUGUAAUCAUAAUGUAAAUCGACCGUCAACAUUAUUGUAAGAAUUAAAUGUAAGUACUAAAUGUAUUUAGUAAUUUUAAUGUUUAUUAAUAAGUAUUCAUUGCCAAAUUUAUUUCUUAGGCUGGGCGGGUUUAAUUCUUCCGUUUAGAUAAAUCCGUGAAAUGAUUUUGGCAAUUUAUUAUUAUUAUUAAAAAUAAUAUAAAAA